AUGUCGACUAUCGACUUUAGCAUUGACGAGACCGACCCCGAAGUGACCGCACUAUGCGGGCAAACCUCUGUGUUGAAGGUCCACAGGAUACUUCAGCACUACCUUGAAACAUGUGAAAAUGAUCCCAAGUCAUUCUCCAACGCUCUUACGCAACUCGAUGCGAUGUUGCAUUCUAUCGACCCAAAGGAUGAGGGCAAAGAAGGCAGCGCAUCGACCGAACACACCGCGUUCUCCUGGACUCUGAUCGAUCUGGCGCUGAAGGUUCCCUAUUCUCAUCCGGCACAAGAUCAUCUCGUUAGCCUUUUGGCACAUCUGCGCAAGUCGGUCAAGCUAAAUAAGGCUGUUCUGGACACCGACACCGACCGACAGGCCUACGCUUCCCUGACCUAUUUCCAUCGUUCAGUGUACGAAAAGUGUGCCAAUUUCCUUUUCGAGCCAGGGACGUCUGAGGAAGUAGCGUCCCUCAAUGAAUGUGCAUUCUUGGCGCGGCUGUCGGCUGCUGGGAUUUCCCCCGACAUCAUCUAUGCAAUAUGGAACUUCAGAGAACUCUUGGAGGAAGAAGCAGCGUAUAAGCAUAACGCGGCUCUGUACAGUGCCAGCAUGGCAGGCGCCUCUGUGUGGAUCAUUUAUGCCGGGCAGUCGCUCUUCAAGGAGGUGGUCCAUUCCCCGCGUGCUAGCAGCCUCAAUGAGACUUCAUGGCGAACCGGGACACUCUACGACGGUCCUAUUCUUGGCUUUCCGCGUUGGAGCUUCUGGCGAAAGACCCUUGAUGCUGCCAGGGAAAGCCCACGAGUCGGUGAUGAUACUCGCGUGCUGACCCAGAAAGCGGUGGAAUUGAUGGAUGUGCUUGAGCGGGCAAACAAAUGAAUGGGCAUCAAUGGCUUGAUUGUUUGAUUUUACGACUGAUCAUUGUUGUGUGUAAAUUACCAGAAUAUCAUUUCAAG